AUGAAGGUGAUUUUAACAAUGGUAAAAAAAUUGGGAAAUGGAAAACUUUUUUUUGAAAAAGUUCUAAUUUAAAAAUAGAUUAUAAUUGAUAUAUAAUUUUUGAAAACGAAAAUAGUGGCGGAGGAUAAUAUUCUGACAAUUCACACGAUUUUUAAGGUUCAAUUAAAAUUUGCAAAUGGAUUGAAUUGA